AAAAUUUUUAUUUGACUGAAAUUUAACGGGCAUGCUGAUACGGGAGGUCAGAGCUAAAUAAGCGUUGGUGAACACACAAAAACAAAUCUGUCUAGUUUUCUGAAUCUGAUGGAGCAGCUAUUGACUUCAUUUCUUCUGCACCCAUAUUUCUUCUCUGGGCUUCCUUUAUUAUUCAUAGCGUUCCUCAUCAAGAAAUGGCUCCUCAAUACUUCUACUAUCAACAAACACCUACCACCUUCACCACCAAAGCUCCCAAUUAUAGGGAACUUCCACCAACUGGGCUCGCUCCCUCACCAUCCACUCCGAUCUUUAGCUCAAAGAUAUGGCCCUCUCAUGCUGCUUCACUUCGGCAGCACGCCGACACUGGUCGCUUCGUCCGCUGACGCUGCUCGAGAGAUCAUGAAAACACAUGAUAUUGUCUUCUCAAACAGGCGGAAAUCUAUCAUAGCUAAACGGCUUCUCUACGAUUACAAGGAUGUAUCCAUGGCACCUUAUGGUGAAUUCUGGAGGCAGAUGAAAAGCAUUUUUGUGCUCCAGCUUCUAAGUAAUAGAAGAGUUCAAUCUUUUCACUUUGUCAAAGAAGAAGAAACAGCCCUCCUGAUGAAGAAGAUGGAAGAAUCAUAUUCUUCAUCCUCGCCAUUGAAUUUAAGUGAAAUGUUCACGCUGCUAACGAAUGAUGUGGUAUGCAGGGCUGCUUUUGGGAGGAAGUACAGUGGAUGGGGAGAUGGGAAGAAGUUUAUGCGGCAAUUGAAGGAGUUCUUGGGGUUGUUAGGCAGCUUUGAUGUUGGGGACUUCAUUCCAUGGCUUGGAUGGAUCAAUCAUGUCACUGGUCUUUAUGCCAAAGUGGACAGAGUUGCAAAAGAGAUUAAUGAAUUCCUGGAGCAAGUAGUUGAAGAGCGUAUGAAUGUCCUGAAAAGGAAGAGUAAUGGCGAUGAGAGAGUUGAAGACGAAGACAGCGAGGAUUUCCUAGAUAUUUUGCUUAGGAUCCAUAAAGACAAUAGUGCUGUUGAUAGAGAUUGCAUCAAAGCUCUCAUCUUGAACAUCUUUUCUGCUGGAACUGAUACCACCUCUGCAGUCCUAGAAUGGGCAAUGACAGAGCUAUUAAGACACCCAGGAGUCAUGAAUAAAGCGCAAAAUGAAGUGAGAGAGAUUCUUAAAGGCAAACCAGACAUAACAGCUGAUGAUCUGGAGGAAAUGUACUACCUUAAAGCAGUGAUAAAAGAAACUCUUCGUUUGCAUCCUCCUCUCACGGUACACGGACGUGAAGCGAGCGAAGAUGUCAGAGUAAUGGGCUAUGACAUUCCAGCCGGAACAAUGGUUAUUAUCAAUGCUUGGGCAAUCGGAACAGACCCCAUGACAUGGGUUGAACCUGAAGUGUUUCAUCCUGAAAGGUUCUUGAAUUCUUCUAUAGAUUUCAGAGGGCAUGACUUUGAAUUGAUUCCAUUUGGAGCUGGCAGGAGAGGCUGCCCAGGAAUCUCCUUUGCAAUGGCCACCAAUGAGUUUGUGUUAGCAAAUCUCGUGCACAAGUUCAAUUGGGCAUUGCCUGGUGGAGCCAGGGCAGAACAUCUGGACAUGACUGAAUGCCCUGGUGUAACAUUCCGCAGAAGAAUACCUCUCCUUGCUGUUGCAACUCCAUGUUCUUGCUAGUGUAAUCCGUGACAUUGUCAUGUUUGUUGCAUGUUUCUUGUUUUCGAGAAUAAAACAUAUUUAGAGUGAGUGUGUGUAAAUAUAGACCAAGUAGUCUUAGCUUAAAGCAUUAUUGGAUUGUGAAUUAGAUAAUAUGAACUAAAGACUUUCAAAAAAAACUCUCUCACUUCUCACA